AUGUCCAUGUUUCGUGAAAUAAACUGUGCGAUCUCAUGUCGUACUUUCUUCGGAGACUACAUAUCCCAAGACGCAGUUAAAAGGAUUGCUGAUGACUUUUAUCUCGCAACCGCCGCACUCGAAUUAGUCAACGUCCCUCUAUCAAUCUAUAUUCCAUUCACGAAGCCGUGGCGUGGGAAGCGCACAGCAGAUGCCGUGCAUGUCGAAUUCGCCAAAUGUGCAGCUAAGUGCAAGGCCAAUAUGGCGGCUGGGGCUACGCCCACUUGUAUCGUCGAUCACUGGGUUCUCCACAUGAUAGAAUCUAAACGAUACCAUGAAAAGAUUGCCGCGGGAGAGACAGAUGUGGAGAAACCAACUAAUCUGAUCCGAGAGUUCACAAAUGAGGAGAUUGGAGAAACACUAUUUACUUUCCUCUUCGCAUCCCAAGAUGCUUCAAGCAGUGCCACGACCUGGCUAUUCCAGAUCCUCGCACAGCGCCCAGACGUCCUCGAUAGAUUGCGAGCGGAGAAUAUAGCUGCACGAGGCGGCGACAAAACCAAAACUUGUGAUCUCGCCAUGCUAGAAUCCCUAACAUAUACCAACGCCGUCAUUAAGGAGUUGCUUCGACACAGACCUCCCGUCAUCUUCGUUCCAUAUCUAGCCAAGAAAGAUUUCCCCGUCACGCCGAAUUACACUGUCCCCAAAGGAUCAAUGGUCAUUCCCUCUUGUUAUCCCGCUCUACAUGAUCCUGAAGCAUAUCCCGAGCCAGACGUGUUCAAUCCCGACCGGUGGAUCACGGGCGACGCUGAAUCUAAGACUAAAAACUGGCUUGUUUUUGGGGCUGGUCCACAUGAUUGUCUUGCUAGAAGAUAUGUACCAUUGUCGAUGGCAGCUAUGAUUGGGAAGGCCUCUUUGGAACUUGACUGGGAGCACCACGCUACAGAGCAAUCGGAGGAGAUCCGUGUGUUUGCGACUCUUUUCCCAAUGGUAAGUCCUCUCUCGCUCUCGGGCUUUGCUCUUCCCGAGCUUUGA